AUGACUCCUUUCCAAAAGAAACUGGGGCAAACCUGCCAGGCUGUUGUCCCGCAGCAAGUCCUUGCCGUGUCGCGACGGGCCCGCAGGGCAGGGCCACCUGGCCUAGCCUGUCCAGCAACACCUCCGGGUCGCCCAGACACACCAGGCCCCAGCUCGAUCCCCAGCACCAGCAAUGAUCCCCCUCCCCGCAUCAGCUCUGGACCCGGCCCCAACCUCAGCGAUCCGGUGCAAACCAUCUAUUGGGGAGGCACGCUGCCCAACACACGGAGAGCUGUCCUGGGAGCCGUAAGCGGAGCCGCAAUAGCGCUGGGCGGCAACCUGGGAGGCAUCACCAGCUGGCUCCUAGGACUUGAUGGCGGCUCACUGGCGGGGCGGCUGCGGGCCGAUGUGCUGGUGCCAGUGCGCGGGGCCAAGCGCUGCGUCGACUACACGUACGGCUUCGAUCCAGCAACGGUAACGUCCGCACCAGGGAGGUCUGCCGGGUUUGGCGGCGGCAGUGGCGGCCGGCAGCAACGGCCGGCGGUGGCGGAGCCAGUGGUGGCAUUCGGGCCGCCAGGCACGACAGGGGAAGAGAACGUGUCCGUAAUCGUGGCUCCAAUCGCGCCCGGCUUCACACUCGGAUCGCUAGGUGACCCGCGGGUCGCGGGGGAGCGCUUCCUGGCCACCCUGGCUCCUGAGGGCAGCGGCCUUCAGGCCACGCUGCUGGAUGCGACGGCGCGCAUCAUCACAGCUGCCGUACCUACCUCGCCUUCCGCUCAGUAUACACAACGGGACCAGCAGCAGCAAGAACAGCUGUCGUACUACACGCUAGAAUACACGGUUCGCGGGCCGCGCUUCUUCCGCCACAACGUUUCCGUGUACACGUCCAGGAAUGACCUGCUGUACACCUUCAACGCUCAGUGCCCCGAGGCGCGGUGGACUGAAGACGCCGUACCGCUGCUCGCGUCAGCGGCGUCUUUCAAGCUCCUGUAA